ACGUCACAUCCCCUUGACCCUCCAAUCACCUCGGGGUCCCAUUUGAUUGGAAGGCGGCAAGGGCUUUAAUCUCGGACUAAUUCAGCUGCUUUUGAAGUGAAUAUUUCUACCAGUUCUUGGUUUGGGAGAACAAGCGCGCGGACCUACGGGAAGAGACAGAGCGCGCGCUAUGCAUGUGGUUUCAGACUCUACUCCGGAUCUGCGAUAACCUCGCACUCGGCUCCAGCCCUCAGAACUGAACGGAUUAUACUACUUAUCUUUUAUUGUUUUGCUAUUUGAAAGAAGGUCACAAAAUAAUUAUUUUUUAUGAAUCUGAUAAAUGAAAUACCAACAAAAUACACGAGAAUUGGGUCAUGAUCACAUCGCCCUCUGCUUCAAGAAAUAGUGAUACUGAUCUAGUGUGGGAACGCAGCAGCAGCUCUCGGAAUAACAACUCCGCGGUCGUCUGCAAGCCUUUUCUUCAUUCCGUCCCUCCGUCGGACCCUUUACGGCAAGCUAACCGACUUCCCAUAAAGAUUUUGAAAAUGCUCACUGCACGCACAGGACACAUUUUACACCCUGAAUACCUUCAGCCCCUACCAUCCACCCCGAUUAGUCCAAUUGAGCUCGAUGCCAAGAAAAGUCCACUGGCUCUUCUUGCGCAAACAUGCUCUCAGAUCGGUAAACCGGACCCUCCACCCUCCUCCAAACUCUCCUCGGUGACAUCAAACGGAUCUAAUGAAAAAGAGUCCAAAUCUGGUCCUUUAAAGAUGAGUGACAUCGGCGUGGAAGACAAAUCCAGCUUCAAGCCCUACUCCAAACCCUCGGAUAAGAAGGACUCGUCUUCUGGGAUGUCUAAUGGAGAGAAGUCUGGUUUCCGUGUGCCUAGCGCCACCUGCCAGCCGUUCACUCCAAGGACUGGCAGCCCGAAUUCCAGCACUUCGGCUUCCCCGAUGCCGUCCGAUGGGAAGGGAGAGAGGGAUGAAAAGAAAGAGUCUGAUUGUAAUAAAAAUUGCACCGCAGAUGGAUCUGCACCUACCAGCAUCAGUCACAGCAGGAUAAGCGUGAGCUGUGCGGGGAUUAACGUGGAGGUCAACCAGCACCAGGAGACCCAAUCAGGAUCAAAAGCCACGACGUCGGAGUCACCGUGUGUAACCUCUUCUUCCUCAGCCUCCGUCCUGGGGUCAGGACUUGUAGCCCCCGUUUCCCCAUACAAACCUGGUCAGACUGUUUUUCCCUUACCCCCAGCUGGCAUGACGUACCAUGGAAGUUUAGCUGGGGCCUACGCUGGCUAUCCUCAACACUUCCUGCCCCACGGUGGAAGUUUGGUUAACGCACAGCUCGCCAGCUCGUUGGGCUGCAGUAAAGCUGGAUCAAGCCCGUUAGCCGGGGCAUCUCCUCCAUCCAUAAUGUCUGCUAGCCUUUGUAGAGACCCAUACUGCUUAAGUUACCACUGUGCCAGCCACUUGGCCAGUGCGGCCGGUGCUUCCUGCGCGCAUGACUCGGCGGCCGUCUCCGCUUUGAAGUCUGGAUAUCAACUCAUGUACCCGACACACCCUUUGCACGGUGUUCACUCCUCACCGCCAUCUUUUGGUGGACACCCUUUGUAUCCCUACGGCUUCAUGCUCCCCAACGACCCUCUUCCUCAUGUCUGUAACUGGGUGUCAGCUAAUGGACCUUGUGACAAGCGUUUCUCAUCCUCCGAAGAACUUCUUAACCACCUGCGGACGCACACUGCUUUCACCGGGGCCGACAAGUUGAUGUCGGGUUAUCCGAGUUCAUCGUCAUUAGCGAGUGCUGCCGCUGCAGCUAUGGCGUGCCAUAUGCACAUGCCGCACUCUGGAGCCCCUGGAAGCCCCGGGACACUGGCACUUAGGAGCCCGCAUCACGCGUUAGGACUAAGCAGCCGCUAUCACCCGUAUUCAAAGAGCCCGUUGCCUACUCCCGGCGCGCCGGUUCCGGUACCUGCCGCCACCGGGCCUUAUUAUUCUCCCUAUGCACUAUACGGUCAAAGACUCACCACAGCAUCAGCGCUUGGAUACCAGUGAAAAAACAGACUUUCUCCAAAUUUAUAGAUUAUAAAGAUUCAAAUAUAAAGACUUUUAUAUCAUCGCGCCACUUGAAGGACUGGAUCCGUGGACUCACUGUAUUUAUUUAUGUCAGCUUAAAGCGGACAAUAAUACAAAUGAAAAUAUUUGAGCUACUCAAAAGUGCAUUACAUUUGAAAAAACUCUGUAGAUAACGAGAACACACAUGUUAGAAUACUAAUAAAAUAGGGGUCUUCAGUUGGAUGUUGAUUUGGAAUUGCUAUGAUUGUAUUGUUCCAUAUUAUUUAAUGUCUCAUUGAAAAGAAAAUAAUUUACAUGCAUGUUUGUUUCUUAAAUCCCAAAUUGUCCACAUGAUUUGAAAAUGCCGUUAUUUUUCAGGUGUACACCAUGGAGAGAAAAUUGGUAUUUUUUGUAUGUAUUCUGGAAAAAAUAAGAAACAAUUCUGUUCCAUA